AAUGGUCUUAUACUUGUACAUUUAAUCACUAUCAUUGACCACUCUAGGUUUGGGUAAGUUAUACAAUCCCAGACAAGACUGUUUUAAUAAGGCCUGAGCCUCGGCCAGCUCCCUCACUGGGCUAAAACCCAGCUCCCCAGCGAUCUCGGGGUGCAGGCAGCCGUGCAGGGGGAAGACAGAACGCGGCAGAAGAGGCACUUGUAAGUCUCCGCCGUAGCGCCUCGGCCGACCCCUAGAGGGCGCAGCGUCACCCGAGGCUCCGCCCUUAGCAAGGCGGGACAGAGCACGCUGUGCGCAGACGCAGAGUGUGUUGCGGGCGCCUGCAUCUCCCGACAGGCUCCUCUCUCUGCGGCGGGGCGGAGCCGGGAUCUGAGGAUGGCGUGCGCAGGCGCGGGAGUGGCUUCGGGGGCGUGCGGGGCGCGUGGAACCGGAAGUUGAAGCGUUCGCGGCUGUUAGCGAGGGCCUGAAAACCCAGGAUGAACUUGUGUCCAUCUCGGAGAUCACUGUAGGAGUCGUGAGGUGCCCUGCAUGUCAUGAGCUUGAUCCAGACCCCUGGCCACUUAACUCUUUCACCUCUGUUGGUCCCAUACUGUCAGUAAUAAGGAGACUUGGCUCCUCAAGGAGAAAGCUGUUCUUUGUUGCAGUCACUGGACUCACUGCUGGCCUUGAGGUGGGGAAUGGGUGAGAGUAUGUGGUCCAGGUGAUCAGAACUGAGAACAAUUUUGUGACAGUGUUGUGGUCAGCAGUAUGCCUCCUCCCCGAACAAGGGAGGACAGGAGUCACCGAGACCACCACCCCCGGGCUCCCCGUGAGAAAGAGACCCCGGAGAAAUGGGACUGGAAUUCCCCAGAGACUCGGAGCCUCUUGGAGGACACCUUCUUUGGUGACGAGGACUACAUCCGCCAGGGUUCUGAGGAGUGCCAGAAGUUCUGGACCUUCUUUGAGCGCUUGCAGAGAUUCCAGAAUCUCAAGACAGCCAGGAAGGAGGAGAAGGACCCUGGGCAUCCCAAGCACAGCGUUCCGGCACUGGCCGACCUCCCUGGCACUUAUGACCCUCGAUACCGCAUCAACCUCUCCGUCCUUGGUCCCGACACCCGAAACUCUCGGGGUCUGGGCAGACGCCUGCCUCCGGAGAGAGUGUCCGAGUUCCGCCGAGCCCUGUUGCACUACCUGGACUUCUGCCAGAAGCAGGCGUUCGGGCGGCUGGCCAAACUGCAGCGCGAGCGGGCGGCACUGCCCAUUGCCCAGUAUGGGAGCCGCAUCCUGCAGACACUGAGGGAGCACCAGGUAGUGGUGGUGGCAGGUGACACGGGCUGUGGCAAGUCCACUCAGGUGCCCCAGUACCUGCUGGCAGCUGGUUUCAGCCACGUGGCCUGCACCCAGCCUCGGCGAAUCGCCUGCAUCUCGCUGGCCAAGCGUGUGGGCUUUGAGAGCCUCAGUCAGUAUGGGUCACAGGUCGGCUACCAGAUCCGCUUCGAGAGCACGCGCUCGGCGGCCACCAAGAUUGUGUUCCUGACAGUGGGGCUGCUCCUGAGGCAGAUCCAGCGGGAGCCCGGCCUCCCCCAGUACCAGGUCCUGAUUGUGGACGAGGUCCACGAGCGGCACCUCCACAACGACUUCCUCCUGGGCGUCCUGCGGCGCCUGCUGCCCCAGCGGCCCGACCUCAAGGUCAUCCUCAUGUCCGCCACCAUCAACAUCUCGCUCUUCUCCAGCUACUUCGGCAGUGCGCCCGUACUGCAGGUGCCCGGGAGGCUCUUCCCCAUCACGGUUGUAUACCAGCCGCAGGAGGUGGAGCCGGCAGCGUCCAAGUCGGAGAAGCUGGACCCGCGGCCCUUCCUGAGGGUGCUGGAGGCCAUUGACAACAAGUACCCGCCCGAGGAGCGGGGCGACCUCCUCGUCUUCCUCAGCGGCAUGGCAGAGAUCAGCACCGUGCUGGAGGCCGCCCAGACCUACGCCAGCCACACACAGCGCUGGGUGGUGCUGCCGCUGCACAGCGCCCUCUCCGUGGCCGACCAGGACAAGGUGUUCGACGUGGCACCCCCUGGGGUCCGGAAGUGCAUCCUGUCCACCAACAUCGCGGAGACCUCCGUCACCAUCGACGGGAUCCGCUUCGUGGUGGAUUCUGGCAAGGUGAAGGAGAUGAGCUACGACCCGCAGGCCAAGCUGCAGCGGCUGCAGGAGUUCUGGAUCAGCCAGGCCAGCGCAGAGCAGCGUAAGGGCCGGGCAGGCCGCACGGGCCCCGGCGUCUGCUUCCGCCUCUACGCUGAGUCAGACUACGAUGCCUUCGCCCCCUACCCCGUCCCAGAGAUUCGGAGGGUGGCCCUGGACGCGUUGGUGCUGCAGAUGAAGAGCAUGAGUGUGGGGGACCCCCGAACCUUCCCCUUCAUCGAGCCCCCCCCGCCAGCCAGCCUGGAGACCGCCAUCCACUACCUACAGGACCAGGGGGCCCUGGACAGCUCUGAGGCCCUCACCCCCAUCGGGUCCCUGCUGGCCCAGCUGCCGGUGGACGUCGUGAUCGGAAAGAUGCUGCUCCUGGGCUCCGUGUUCAGCCUGGCCGAGCCGGUGCUCACCGUCGCCGCCGCCCUCAGCGUCCAGUCGCCCUUCGCCCGCAGCGCCCAGAGCAACCCUGAGUGUGCGGCAGCCCGGCGGCCCCUGGAGAGUGACCAGGGCGACCCCUUCACACUCUUCAAUGUCUUCAAUACCUGGGUGCAGGUGAAAUCUGAACAGAGCAGAAACUCACGCAAAUGGUGCCGCCGCCGGGGCAUAGAGGAGCAGCGGCUGUAUGAGAUGGCCAAUCUCCAGCGCCAGUUCAAGGAGCUGUUGGAGGACCAUGGGCUGCUGGCCAGGGCCCAGGCCACGAAGCUGGGGGACAGCUACAGCCGGCUGCGGCAGCGCCGGGAGCGCCAGGCCCUGUACCAGCUGAAACGGCGGCAUGAGGAGGACGGGGGCCGCAGGCGCAAGGUGCUGCGGCUGCAGGAGGAGCAGGGCGCGUGCUCCAGUGAUGACGAGCAGGGCGGCACAGCCUCCCAGGGGGCCGGCGACAGCGUGGACAUCCAGGAUGUGAAGUUCAAGCUCCGGCACAACCUGGAGCAGCUUCAGGCUGCUGCCAGCUCGGCCCAGGACCUGUCCCAAGACCAGAUGCUCCUGCUCAAGCUGGUGCUGGGCCGGGGCCUCUACCCACAGCUCGCCGUCCCCGACCCCUUCAACAGCGGCCGCAAGGACUCGGACCAGAUUUUCCACACCCGGACCAAGCAGGGCACCGUGCUGCACCCGACUUGCAUCUUCGCCAACAGCCCCGAGGUGCUGCACGCAAAGGAGCAGGAGGCCAGCGGCGGCGAGGGGACCCGAGAUGACAAAGACAAGGUGAGCAGCAAACACCAGCUCCUCGCCUUCGUCUCCCUGCUGGAGACCAACAAGCCGUACCUGGUGAACUGCGUCCGUGUGCCUGCUCUCCAGUCCCUCCUGCUGUUCAGCCGUUCCCUGGACACCAAUGGUGACUGCUCCCGCCUGGUGGCCGACGGCUGGCUGGAGCUCCGGCUGGUGGACAGUGAGAGUGCUGUCCGGCUCCUGGCAGCCUCCCUGCGGCUCCGGGCCCACUGGGAAAGUGUCCUGGACCGGCAGCUGGCCCAUCAGAACCAGCGGCGGCUGGAGGAGGAGGAGGAAGAGGAGGCUUCAGUGGUUGACCCCAAGGAGGUGGCCGCACUGAGCAGGGAGCUGCUGCAGUUUGCUACAUCCAAGGUUCCCUACAGCUUCCGACGGCUCACGGGGCUGGAGGCUCAGAACCUCUAUGUGGGUCCCCAGACCAUCAUGGCUGCUCCCAGCCUCCCCGGCCUCUUUGGCAGCUCUACCCUGUCCCCCCAUCCCAUCAAAGGGGGUUACACAGUCACUGACUUCCUUACUUACAACUGCCUCACGAGUGACACGGACCUGUACAGCGACUGCCUCCGCUCCUUCUGGACCUGCCCCCACUGCGGCCUACACAUGCCCCUCACACCCUUGGAGCGAAUUGCCCAUGAGAACACCUGCCCCGAGGCCCCACAGGACGGCCCCCCAGGGGCUGAGGAAGCUGCCCCUGAGGCCCCCCAGAAGACGUCUGCCCUGCAGAGGCCGUAUCACUGCGAGGCCUGCCAGAAGGACUUCCUGUUCACACCUACGGAGGUGCUGCGGCACCGGAAGCAGCACACGUGAGCCGGGCCAGGAGCCUUGCCCGCAGCCCUGCCUCACCCCAGCCCAGGACCAGGGCCAGGGCUCCUGCCUGCACCCCCAGAUUAGGCCCAGCCUGGAGGGGAGGGCGUGUGAAGAUGUUAAUAAAGUCUUGUACACUGACUCAGA